AUGACCAAAGUUGAAGCUGCACCUGUUGCAAUUAAGGCCACCAAACCUUUGAAGAAAGGAAAGAGAGAGCCUGAGGAAGAUGUGGAUACCAAAGUGAGCCUUAAGAAGCAGAAGAAGGCUGCUACCAAGGCUGAGGAAAGUGAAGAUGAAAAGCCUGCAACAAAGGAGGCUAAAAAGGAUAGCAGCAGCAGCGAUGAAUCUGAAUCCGAGAGCGAGGAUGAGAAAGAAACGCCUAAGAAGAAGAACACUGAUGCUGAGCAGAAACAGCCUAAGACACCAGCAACUCCUUGUACAGGAGGAUGCAAGACUCUCUUUGUUGGCAAUCUCUCAUUCCAAGUUGAGAAAAAAGAUGUUGAGGAGUUGUUCAAAGGAGCUGGAGAAGUUGUUGACGUCAGAUUUGCCAUGUCGAAAGAGGAUGGCAGGUUCAGAGGCUUUGGCCACGUUGAGUUUGCUACUGCUGAACAAGCAUCCAAGGCAAUGGAGUUGAAUGGUCAAGCUUUGCUCGGUCGUGAUAUUCGUCUUGAUGUUGCUACCAACGUCAGAAGCGGUGGUGGUGGUACUGCAGUUUUCGUCAAGGGUUUUGACAGAUCUCUUCCUGAGAAGGAUAUCAAGAGCGCAUUGAGUGAGCACUUUGCCUCAUGUGGAGAGAUCUCAGAGAUUUCUGUUCUCUGUGACCGUGAAACCGGUGCUUCCAUAGGAAUUGCUUUCAUUGUCUUCAAAGACGGCGCAGACAAGGCGUAUGAACUCAAUGGUAGUGACUUGGGAGGACGGAAUCUUAUCGUCGGUAAGCCGAAACCAAAGGAUAACACUGGCGGAUUCCAUAGUGGCCGUCGUGGUGGUGGUCGUUUUAAUAGUAGUGGUGGCAGAUAA